GCCUAAAGACAACAGGUGAGCGCUCAGACCCAAGGACAUCAGAAGGCGCAUGUACACGAACACAGCCCUGUCCAUUUGUGUGCUCCAUGAGGCUCCGGACGUCGUUGCGCCUUGAUUGUGCUACACUUGCCUCUUCCCGGUAGAGAAAGCUGACAAAUAGAUGUUCCUCCUCAUUGUCACCUGGUCUGUGACUUGUGUUUUUCUGUGCCAAGUUUCAUUCUGCAACUUCAGUAACUUGCCCAGCUUUCCAUACUGCCCUCAGUGCUUUUUCUGUGUAUCACGUUCUACAAACCUACUAACAGCUGAAAAAUUACUGUUAGUGUUUGUGUACUAUCUCAGUAACCCCCGAUGGGUAAACCGCGCGAACAACCUUCAUGUGUAGGCAUGAUACGCUUUUUUCUUUCUUCUGGAAAGCAUGAGCAUUGCAAGUGUCCUACAUGCAGAUUUUUGCAGUUCGUGUUUAUUAUACAAAGGAGAGCCCAGUAGGUACGACUUAGUGCCUUAAGUGACGUAAUUUUAUUGCUAAGCAUUGCAUUCGGGUAGAAAGAAAAGUCGUGCUGGCUUGUUUUACCUGGUAUUUGAUUGAGGAAUAAGCCUUUCUGCGAAUGUUUUCUAUGUGCUGCUGCAAAAGCCGACUACCUUCUGUUCCCCUUGCCACCGUUACUCAAGUUGUGGCCAAAUGCAAAAUAAUGUGAUAAUGUGUGUUUCAGUUUUUAGUACAAUGUUAUUUUUUUCUGCCAUGUUUUUUUCAAUUUGUUCAGCAGUAAGGAACCAUGUCACGCAUUUCAUAUACUUUCUUUCAGAUUUAUAAGUAGGCUUUCUUUUGGUAUGGCUCUCAAUCAAACAAUGUUAGCAGUUUAUUCUAUCUUUCAGGUAUUUAGUGUGUCAUUGUUUUUGCAAUUACCAGUGAGUUUUCCCUUUUUAUAGUUGUCAUGACUAUGUCAUACACGUCGUCCAAUUUUAUGCAAUAUCUUAGUGCACAUAUCAGGAGCUCGUCUACGUUUAGGUCUUGAGGACGUUAUAUAAAAAUCUUGUUUUUUUAUGUGUGUACAUGAAACGGCCAUCGCGUUUUCUAGCGCUUUCUUUUGUUAUUUCACCAUCUGUGAACUUUUGUCUUUAGUACUCUUGUAUAUGUCAUGCACCUUUCACUUUUGCUCAUUCUUUGAGCGUGUAUCACACCACGUUCUAAGAAAAAUCUGUUUUCAAAAACGAAGUCAAUAAAGCGAGACUAAGGCCCGUAUUCACAAACGGAACUUACCCUUAACUUAUGACUUAAGUAGCCGGUCGAUGCUUAACGCGUUUCAUAGACAAAUCUUGUACUUAAGGUAAACUUUAAUCGACACUUGAGUGCCGGAAAGUAAAGUGCGGUCAUUGGCAACCUUAAGUGCGACUUUCGCUACUCUCGCCUAGCAAGCAAGAUGGCCGCCUGCUACGGCAGCCUCGCCGACUUUGCCGAUUUCGCCGGACGUGUGCGCAGUAUUACGGAGGAUGAGGCAUACCGAUACGUGUCGCCAUUACGGCCACGGCUUAAGGAUCGACAGAAUCCAAUGGAAGUAUACAACGACGCAGAAUUCUCGUGGCGGUACCGCUUUUCCAAGCAAGCUGUGCUACGGCUGUUGGAAAUGCUGCCACUGGUCCCAAAAGACAACGAACGCGGUCACCCCGUGCCGCCGCUGCUCCAGCUGCUAAUCGCGCUGCGAUUCUACGGCGCCGGAACUUUUCAGGUUGUCACCGGGGACCUCGUUAAUGUUUCGCAAGCAACUGUGUCUCGAAUAAUUGCGCGAAUGUCAAGAAUGAUUGCCGAGACUUUGUUCCCGCAGCUCGUGAAGUUGCCAAAUGCUAAUGAUUUGGCAUCCGUAAUGGAGGAGUUCUACACCAUCGCACGGUUUCCUGGUGUGAGCGGGUGCAUUGACUGCACUCAUGUACCCAUCAGAAGUCCCGGAGGAGAUGAAGCGGAGGUUUUUCGCUGUCGAAAGGGGUACUUCUCCAUCAAUGUCCAGGCAAUCACAGGGCCUCGGCUUCAAUUUUUUGAUGUGGUUGCCAGCUGGCCCGGCUCGGCACAUGACAGCCGAAUUUUCGAUAAUAGUCGAGCCAGAGUGCAGUACGAAGAAGGGAAUGUCCCUGGCAUCCUACUUGGUGACAAGGGGUACCCCUGCAGAUCCUAUCUCAUGACCCCUUUUCGAGAGACACAAAGCAGCCCUCAGCACAGGUACAACAAGUGCCACUCCAGGACUCGCUGCAGUGUUGAGAGGGCGUUUGGAGUAUGGAAACGAAGGUUUCCUUGCCUUGAAAUGACUCUUCAGAUAAAAACAAGAUCAGUUCCCAUCGUCAUCACAGCUUGUGCUGCACUACACAACUUCGGCCACCUGCUGAAAGACCCUGUCCCACCUCCUGCGCAAUGCCAGGCAACACACAACGCCGCUUCGCAAGCUCCCACUCCCUCCUUUCAACCAACGCCACCAGGCAUGUCUCCGUUGCCAGACACAGCAAGUGGUUUCAGGAUCAGAGAUCGCAUAGUCGCACAGUAUUUUACGUAAAUGGAAUGAGACAAAAUCACAGCAAUAACAAAGGCGUUUACUUUUUCUUCAAAGCUUCUAGCUGAAGCUUUAGAAUUUCUGCUUUUGUUUUUUGGUUAGCUUCUUUAAGCCGAAGAAGCUGCAUAGUUUGCUCAUGUUCAGCUCGCCUAUGCAAAGAUUUGUAUUUGUGCUCGAGGCGCAUGUAUUUCGUUUUCAAUAAAUGUUCCUUUUUUUUUUC